AUGCGCGGGUCGAGCUACCAGUGGAGCUACAGGGUGACCUUCGUGAACCAGGGCUCCGCGACGGUCCAACUACUGACGCGGGCGUGGCGCUUCGCGGACGCGUUCGGCGGCGUCACGGAGGUGUCGGGCCCCGGCGUCCGCGGCGACACGCCCGUGCUGCGCGGGGGCGAGUCCUGGAGCUACGAGUCCGGCACGACGCUGCCGACGGCGACGGGCAGCUUCUACGGGUCCUUC